AUGGCAUACCAUCAAGAACUAGAACCAGAAGUCGGUGCAUUCUGCCUAAAUUUGGAGUCAAAUCAAAUGGAAUUGCUGCCUAGUCUUGACGGAGUAGAGGAGAUUCUUGGUUACAAGUUCAAGAACUGGAGAUUAUUGGAGGAGGCUUUUACGGAUUCAUCAUUUCCAGAUAAACGCGUUUCUUUUGAGCGGUUAGAACACGUCGAAGAUUUUGCGCUUAACCUUCUCUUCACCAAGAAACACUACUUCAAGUAUCUAGAUUUGCCACCCAGUGCGUUGACCCGGCUCCAAGCUACCAACGUUGAUACUGAAAAGCUCGCCUGUGUGGCCAUCAAACACGAGUUGCAUUGCUUUUUGCGUCACAAGAAACCCUUCUUGAAAAAACAAAUUCGAAAAUUCUCACAAGCAAUCUUGGAUUAUCCACUGCACUUCAUUGGACUAGUGGAUGUGCCAAAGGUCCUUGUAGACAUUGUUGAAUCACUCAUUGGGACUGUUUUCAUUGAUUGCAAUUCUUCAAUUGAUACAGUGUUGUUCAAGGAUUUGUUCGAACCCAUAAUUAGUCGAGAAAUGCUCAAGAUACAUCCAGUAACGGAGUUGUAUGAAGUAUGUCCCAAGAAACAUUUGAAAGUGAAAUUCGUGGAUUUGUGGAGAGAAAGCAUAGUUUUCGAUGUGUUCAUAGAUGAUCAGCUUGUGGGAAGAGGAACCUGUGGCCUCAAGAAAGAAAUUGCUCAUAAUAGAGCAACCAAAGAUGCAUUAGACAACAUUGGAAGAAUACCGAGCGAGAAAGACAGUGCAGAUGAAUCAUGCUCUUGAUUUCAUUCUAUCAAUUUAUAUGUUUGUAGACUUUGUUUGUUUCUUUUGAUGUUCUUAAACAGUAAAUCUCAUUUUGAUAUUAUCAAAUUCAAAA